CUCGCCUCAUCGUCGCGUCCGCUCUCAUACUAGUUCCCGCAGCGUCUAAGUCCACUGUCGGAGAUCUAAGGAAUUCCACAGUAACCUCAACAACAACAAAGUCAUCCAUAGAAUCAGGUACAAGUAACUGUAAAUUAAAUGGUACUACAUAUUCAGAGGGUGAGAAAGUAGAAGACAAGGAAAAACAAUGUGAAAACUGUUACUGUUUGAAAGGAAACGUGCAAUGCAAACCGAUUAUUUGCCCUGUUCCGCUGCAUCAGUGUUCCCCAGUCAUGAGCCCAGGUCACUGCUGCCCAAUUAGUUAUAACUGCAGUGAUUCAACUGAAGCAAUCACAGAAUCUACAACUAAUAAGAUCGAGGAAGAAACCACCACUGAAAUCUAUUCUACAACAAUCAAUCCAGAUGUCACAGUUUUCGAGACAGAUAUUACCAACAUUGAAACUUCAACAAUACCUGAAGCAGAAACUACAAAUAGUUUCAUGGCUUUACAACACAAUGAUACAGAACAAAGAUCAGUCACUGAAAGCAGUGUUACAGCCAGCGAAUAUCCAAGCACAAUUCAACCGACCCAAAUGGAAACAACAACAAUCAUUGUUGAAACUGCAAACACAACAACUGCCAAUCUGUCGAGCCCUAUCAGAUCCAUCCCUGAUGUUAUUGAAGCUAUUAUUAACAGAACUCUUGCCAAAGACGAAGACUAUGAAUAUGAUUAUAACGAGCCAUCACUUCCUCCUUCACUUCCAAAUCUUAAGAUUAUCCCUUUUGUAGCAGCUGAUGCUGUUGUAAAUGAUGAUGAAAUAAAAGGAAAAACAGAUGAGCCCAUAUAUUUUGAUUAUCCACAACCUAGUCGCUUUUCACCUCCUAGCAAAACUGAAGGAGGAUUUCUACCACGGGAUCCAAUAAUCGAUGGACCAUUUUAUGAAACUAAAUUUGAAAAACCAUUUAUUAAUAGUAAUGGUGAACAAAUAGAACUAACUUCAGAAACACUCCAACUUCCUCCUAUAACUGAACCUCCAAAACUGUUUGAAGAAGGAAAAUGUAUUUACAAGGAAAAGACAUACCAUCACGGGGAAGUAGUCAGUGAACCUAAUGCUUGUGAAUUAUGCGUCUGUUACUAUGGACAAUCUUAUUGUCAGAAACCAAAGUGUGCUCCAGUCAAGGAAGGGUGUCAAAGGAUAUUGCAUGAAAAUGACAAGUCUUGUUGUGGCCGAAUCAUUUGUGAUGGCAUUCCAACAAAAAUUAUUGAUAAUAUGGAGAUCUCAACCCAGUCCACUCUCAUUCCUGAAAGUAUGUCCAACAUUCCAGCUAUCACAGUAGCAGAUUUGGUAGUUACACCUGACCCAUUUAAAGAUGUAAUCAGGACAGAACCUGCACCAGAUCUAAUAGAUAUCAUGAAGGAUAUGUUGCCACAUCUGAAGAAUGAAUCUUUAGCAGCUAAACCAGCAGUUACAAUGGUACAAAGUCCUCAGAACAUCAGUAUUUUGACUCAUAACACUGAUAACAAAAUGAAAUACAACCACACAAAAUCGAACAUCAAUGAAACUCAAAAGGCGGAGAAAAAUUCAACCAAAGAAAAGAUACCUUUUCAAAACAAUGAGAAAAAUUCAUCAGCAGUUCAUGAAGAUGAAGAUACAUUUUCCUUUGAGAGCGUCUUAGAUAUGUUAUUCCGUACCACUCAAACUCCAUCGACUACACAACGAACUAUUCAUGACAAAAUAUACAAUCAUCAGCCGAAUAGUCAAAGAAAUGAAAUAAACAAUGCGAUUGAAAUCACAGAUGAUUUUAUUUCUCAUAAAGAAAAAAAUACUGAGAAAUCUCCAGAAUUAAAUAUAUAUGAUGAUUAUCAGGAAGAUGAAAGCAAAAAUAAUACAAAUGAAAAUUUGUACGUCAAUAAAAGUAAAGAAGAAAAAACUGGUUUAAAUAGGAAUAAAGAAACUUCAAAAGCAACAACACCCAGUAAUAAACCUACAAAAAGUAAGCCAGCUGUUGGGAUGCAGUUAAAACUUGCAGGAUGCAAUAUUUAUGGUCGGAUGUAUGAAGUUGGAAAAAUAAUUGCUGAAUUAUCUGGUCCGUGCCUAGAAUGUAUGUGUACUGAAUUGGGAGUUCAAUGCAGGAAAAACUGCUGAUAUUAUCUAUUUUUUCGCAAGACUAUCCAUUAUUCCAAGACAUGUGCAAUACCAUCUCAAGAAAAAUUAAAAACUAAGACAUGAAUAUUUAAUAGAUUAUAUUUUAUUCUUCUGAAGGAUUUGACCUCUCUUCAGUUUUAUCCAGCUGCUGAAUUCAAAUUUUAUAAAUUAGAAACUACCCAAUUUUUUUCAUCAAAAGAGUUCUGAAUCCCUUACCUUGAAUUAAUAUUUAUAUAAAAAGUCGCUAUUUAUUUUAUUAUAGUUUUAGUGAUAGAGCACCAAUGUGCAUUUAAUACCACCAAUAUACCUUAUUUCUAAUUACUCAGAUAUAUUUAUAAAAACCAAUGGAAAAAAAAAGUAAUAAUAAAAUAAAUAAAUUCAGUAUAGCAAUUUUUUUUUAUUAAGGUAUAUUGGUAUGUCUUCCAGACUUUAUAUAUUAAUUAGUAUAUAUUAUAUAAUUUACAAGAAUAUUAAAAAUGGAACUAGUCAUAAAAUUCUUAGUAUAGUCCAGAUUCUUCAAUAAUCUUACAUAUUUCAUCAAACAAUUUAUAAACGAAUUAUUUAAUUACAAAUAGGUUAUUUCUGUAUCUCAGAACAUUAUUAUUAUUCAAAUAUGGCAUAUUUUAAUCAUCUAAAUGAAAAAUCAUUAAUAUCAUUUGAUUAUAACCAAAAAUGAAGGAAAAUGUCACCAAAAAGAAAUUUUAUUUUUAAAAAAGCAAGGUUAAAUAAUUUGUCAAAAAUCAAUUAGAUUAUGGUUUUCUCAUAAGGAAUAACUGAAACUAAUUCAUUAGACCAAAAAGAAAAUUUGUAUGCAAAUUAAAUAAUAUUUAAAGCUUUACAUGAUGACAUAGAUACUUAGAAAACAUUGGGAGAAGGGAGGGGGGAGACAAAGGUUAUUGAAAGUUUAUUUCAUAAAUGGAAAAUAUUUUUCUAAUAAAAGUUUCAACAAAAAAAAAACUGUAAUUAUUUAGAAGAAGACCAUACGGGC